AAGAGUUUCUGGUUACCAUUUUACAAAUGGCGACCUACGGUAAGACACGCUGCGCUAUAUAACCCGAGAGACCAAGUCCGGCUCAUAUUUAUCGCGUAAAGAAACGUUGAAGUGAUCGGCACGGCGCGUCCGGUCGAAAAAGUGAUCGAAAAGAGAUCCUCGACGUGUAACAGAUUUAACAAUCUUGUGCUAACAAAUCCGUAAUAAUGGGAAACGUGAUGGCCACCUCCGCACCUCCUCCACCACCACCUCCUUCGCCACCGGGUCCUGGAUUAAUGCCGAAUUUAGGGAAACCGGAUCCGUCCACGGAUGUCUACGCGUCUGCUGAAACAUCAGCCCAGAUUGAGAAUCCGGGCACCAUCGAGGAUUUGCACAAGAAGUGUAAAGAUAUAUUUCCUAUAAAUUUUGAAGGAGCCAAAUUGGUAGUCAAUAAAGGAUUGAGCAAUCAUUUUCACAUUUCACAUACUAUUAACAUGAGUUCUGUAGUACAAUCUGGUUACAGAUUUGGUGCGACUUAUGUUGGUACGAAGCAAAUUUCACCUACAGAAGCAUAUCCUGUAUUAUUAGGUGAUAUUGAUCCAAGUGGAAAUCUUAAUGCCAAUAUUCUUCAUCAGCUUGGUUCAAGGCUCAAAGGAAAAUUAGCAGCGCAAGUGCAAAGAAGUAAAUUUACUGCUGUACAAAUGACUGCUGAUUAUCGAGGAGAUGCUUAUACUUGUUCACUAACCCUAGGCAAUCCAGAUAUUCUUAAUUGUUCUGGUGUUCUCGUUUUACAUUAUCUUCAAAGUUUGACACCAUCGCUUGCAUUGGGUGGUGAACUCGCAUAUCAACGUGGACCUGGCUUACCAGGAGGACAAAUUGCAUUAUUAUCUGUUGCAGGAAGAUAUACAAAUGGUGAUUCUACAUUCAGUGGUAGCAUUAGUCCAUCCGCUUGCCACCUUUGUUUCCAUCAAAAAGCUAGUCAACAGUUACAAGUGGGUGUAGAGUUAGAAAUAAAUGCGCGAAUGCAGGAAUCGACAGCAACAAUCGCCUAUCAAGUUGAUUUACCUAAAGCAGAUUUAGUGUUUAAAGGUAGUGUAGAUACAACUUGGACGGUAGGAGCAGUCUUAGAAAAAAGAUUACAACCAUUGCCAUUCUCAUUCGCGCUUAGUGGUAUGAUCAAUCACAGCAAGCAACAGUUUAGAUUAGGUUGUGGCUUAAUCAUCGGUUAAAAAUGAUGUGGUUAUGCAAUUUGCAAAUCCAGAGGGAAUCGAGGACUACGCUUUACGCGUGCAGUCAGACAGUCAUGUAAUAUUAGGAUUUACAAUGCUAUAUCGAUUCUUUGCUGACUUUAAUAAUCUGGGCGUAUUAUUUUGUUAAAAAUACAACUCAUGUGUUAAAUAAUCUUGUUAAUUUAAUUAAAAGAUCUACGGACUUCCGGACCGGAUUUCUCGUUUUAAUACACACUAUCUACGGCUUUUUUUAUUUCUACUUAUAAUGAUAUAUUCAUUGUGUAACGUUUUUUUUUUAAUAGAUGUUUUUUCCAUAAUAAAAUUAUGAAAAAAUUAGAUUUUUUUCGCGAACGGAAUAUUGUGACACUGUAUUUAGCAUGAUAAAAUUAAUGUUUGAUUUUUUAUAUCAUCAUUUUAAAAGCAGGUGAAAACAAAUAUAUUAAUUUUUUAUUGUCGGAUAUUAAAACUAACAAUCAAGUUA